GUGCUGAUGAAUGCAAUUGUUAUUCUACAAAUUUCCAUCAUUUCUAAUUUGGAUUUUAGUAUCUCUCUUUGCAAAUAAUUCAUUCGAAAAGAAAAAGAAAAAAAAAGGAAAAAGGAAAAAAAAAAUUGUAUCUUUCUUCUCCACUGGCGGUGCCAUGGAUAUCUGGAUGGCGAUGCUUCUCAUCAUCACUCUCCUCUUCCCUCUUCUUUUCCUUCGUUUCUUCGGUUCACGAAAUAAGGAAGGUUUCAGAAACUUCCCGAUAUUCGGGACGUUGCCGGACUUCUUGGCGAACCGGCACCGUUUUCUGGACUGGUCGACGGAGGUGCUUCGGAAGUGCCGCGGAAACACAGCGGUGUUCCGGCGGCCGGGGAAGGUUCAGGGUGUGAUAACGGCGAACCCAGAAGUGGUGGAGCAUAUUCUGAAGACCCAGUUCGAGAACUACCCGAAAGGGGAUCGCUUCAUUUCGCUGCUGGAGGAUUUUCUGGGCCGCGGAAUCUUCAACUGCGACGGCCCAAACUGGCGAGCCCAGAGGAAGACGGCCAGCUACGAGUUCAACACCAAAUCGCUGAGGAAUUUUGUGAUGGAAAACGUUGCGGUGGAGAUUGGGACCAGGCUGGUUCCUGUUCUCGAAAGGGCUUCUGAAACAGGGCGGGGUUUGGAUUUGCAGGACGUUUUGGAGCGAUUCACGUUCGAUAAUGUCUGCAAAUUGGCUUUCGAUUUCGAUCCCGGCUGUCUCAGCGGCGACGCCACCGCCGGCGCCGACUUCAUGCGCGCUUUCGAGGACGCCGCCACGCACAGCUCCGGCAGAUUCUUGUAUGCUAUCCCAAAUUCGUACAAAAUGAAGAGAUUUUUCAACGUGGGAUCAGAGAAAACUCUAAGACAAUCCAUAGCCACAGUCCACAAAUUUGCAGACAACAUCAUACACUCAAGAAUAGAAGAGACCAAGAAGACGACGAGCCAUAAGAAGGAUCAAGAUUUGUUAUCCCGUUUCAUGGGAGACGAAAACAAUUACUCCCCAGAAUUACUCCGAGACAUUGUCAUAAGCUUCAUCCUCGCCGGCCGCGACACCACAUCCUCAGCUCUAACAUGGUUCUUCUGGAUCUCGAGAAUGGGGUCUGCCGGAUGGAGAGCCCGUUCCGAUUCCCGGUGUUUCACGCCGGCCCGAGGAUGUGUCUGGGGAAGGACAUGGCCUUUAUUCAGAUGAAGUCCAUAGUUGCUGCUGUGAUUGAGAGGUUUCAUGUGGAAAUGGUGGAGAAGGAGAAAGCUCCAAAGCAAAUGCUUUCACUAACGUUGAGGAUGGAGAAUGGGCUGCAGGUGAUGCCCAAAAAGAGAGACACAGUGGACCUACCUGGUUAAUUUAUGCUGAACAAAAGUUCAUUCUUUUUUGUUUUUGGUUACAGAUGCUCGCAUGUAUAAAAAAUAAAUUGGACUUCUGAGAACAGUACUGUUGUGGUUUGUUUUGGGAGUUUAUGCUCAUUUUUGCUGCUGCGAGGCUUCGUGUGUA